AUGUAUACUUCAGUUAGGAAUAUCAGGUCUGGGUGGGCUGCGACCGGCCUAUACCCUUUCAAUCCAGAUAGAGUGUUGAAAGAUAUCCCGAAACCUCUAGGUGAGAUUGCCAUACCAGGAAACACCAUUGCGAGCACUGGUAUCCUGGACGCAAUGCUUCAGAUGCCUAUGAUACCAGUCACACCGGUAAUAGCGGAAGCACUUACAUCACUGCACGAUAUAAUUAAGCAAGACAGCAAUGUACCUGACGAGACGAGGAGGCGCAUACAGAAACUCCGAACCCUCCUAAAAGCCUACAACCAAUUUCUCUUUAAAAUUAAUAGCGAAGCCAAGACUCGUCGAUCAAUUAGAUUAGUCGUGUUAGGAAAGGCGAAGGUGAUGAGCUUCGAGGAUCUUGAAGAGGCGAGAAUAAAGCGUGCUGCCAAGGACGAAGCUGCCGCCAGGAAAAGGCGGCGAGGUCCUAAGCGCAAGGGUCCUCGGCUAGAGGCAGAAGGGGGUCUGCCAGUGUCUGAGAGCAAAGUGAUGCGGGUAGACGAAGCGCUAGCGGCAACUAACGCUGCAAGGCCGUAG